AACGCUUUAAUCACGUUUUAAUCCAAAAAAAAUAAAGCAUUUUGUUGGUAUAAAAAAACUUUAACCUUUUUGUUUGAUCUGGGAUCUAUUUGUUUGUUCUGUUCUUGUUUUAAGAUCACAUGAAGUCAGGUGGUGGAGAGAGAAAGUAGAGAAAGAACAAAGCUUUGGGUUUGGACAAUGAGUUGAGAUACAGAUAUAAUGGUCGUUUCCGUACCUGAUUUCUGAAACGAGAUUAAUGUCUUUUCCCAUCUCUUUUCUCUCUAAAAAAAACCAAACCCAGUUUCAAAAACCUGCAAAAUUUUCAAGUUAUAAAGCAUUGAAAUUUUCAUUUGUUUUAGUAGUAUUUUUUUUUUUUACUGUAAAUCAGUGGGGUUUUUCUUUUCUUUGAAAACUAUCUUGUGUCUCAUUUGCCAGUCUUUUUCUUAUGCUGUUUAAUCGUCACGCGAGAGAGAGAAAAGGAAAGGAAGCGUUGCAUUAAAGGGUGUUUUUUUGGAAGACAAGAAAGUGUGACAAGAAGAGUUGUUUUUGCACAGUUUGUUUGGUUUUGAAGAAAAAGCAUUGGAAGUUCUGGAUUUCAAAUCGUCACAAGUUUCUGCUUUUUUCUCCUAAAAAAUCUCUACUUUGAAGGCUGAUCAAAAGAGAGCCCAAAGAAAUGAAGGAGCCAGAAAAGAGUUUGGAUCCAGAGCUAUGGCAUGCCUGUGCUGGAUCCAUGGUUCAAAUCCCACCAGUGAACUCCAAAGUCUUCUACUUUCCUCAAGGCCAUGCUGAGCACUCUCUGUCUUCCGUGGAUUUCUCAUCUUCUCCUCAAAUCCCGGCUCUUAUUCUUUGCCGGGUGGCUUCUGUCAAAUUCUUGGCUGAUAUUGAAACUGAUGAAGUAUAUGCCAAGGUCAGGCUUAUACCGUUGCCUAACAGUGAGCGUGAUCUUGAAGACGAUGCCGUCUUAGUUGGUGGUUUUAAUGGGUCUGAUAAUGUGGAAAAGCCAGCUUCUUUUGCUAAGACAUUGACUCAAUCUGAUGCAAACAAUGGGGGAGGUUUUUCUGUUCCAAGAUAUUGUGCUGAAACCAUUUUCCCAAGAUUGGACUACAGUGCGGAUCCUCCUGUUCAAACUGUUAUUGCCAAGGAUGUUCAUGGUGAGGUUUGGAAGUUUAGGCAUAUUUAUAGGGGGACUCCCAGGAGACAUCUGUUGACUACUGGCUGGAGUAGUUUUGUGAACCAGAAAAAACUUGUUGCCGGAGACUCAAUUGUGUUCUUGAGAGCUGAAAAUGGUGAUCUUUGUGUUGGGAUUAGACGAGCAAAGCGUGGGAUUGGAAAUGGACCUGAGUCUGGUGCUCCAGCUUGGAACUCUGGUCUUGGAAAUGGAAAUAGUGUUGGUCCUUAUGGAGGGUUUUCAGCUUUCCUGAGAGAGGAUGAGAGUAAGAUAAUGCGAAAUGGGAGUUUGGGUUUUGGUGGGAAUUUGAGAGGAAAGGCAAAAGUGAGGCCAGAGGAUAUUUUGAAGGCUGUGGCGCUUGCUGCUGGUGGCCAGCCAUUUGAGGUUUUUUAUUACCCAAGAGCAAGCACACCAGAGUUUUGUGUUAAGUCAUCUGCAGUAAAGGCGGCAAUGAGGAUUCCUUGGUGUUCUGGGAUGAGGUUCAAGAUGGCUUUUGAGACUGAGGAUUCUUCCAGGAUUAGCUGGUUCAUGGGGACUGUAUCUUCUGUUCAAGUUGCUGAUCCCUUCCCAUGGCCUAAUUCCCCAUGGCGGCUUCUCCAGGUGACAUGGGAUGAACCGGAUUUGCUGCAAAAUGUUAAACGUGUGAGUCCCUGGUUGGUUGAACUGGUAUCAAACAUGCCUGCUAUCCACCUCUCACCCUUCUCACCACCGAGAAAGAAGCUGCGGCUCCCCCAACACCUUGACUUUCCCCUUGACGGGCAAUUUCCGAUGCCGUCAUUUUCAGGCAAUCCCCUUGGGCCCAGCAGCCCCUUGCGUUGUUUAUCUGACAAUGCUCCUGCAGGCAUACAGGGAGCCAGGCAUGCUCAAUUUGGAUUAUCUUUAUCAGAUUUCCAUCUUAAUAAUAAACUGCAGUCGGGACUGUUUCUGUCCAGUUUCCAGCGGUGUGAUCCACAUUCUAGAAUUUCUGAUGGCAUCAUGAUGGCAAGGCGCACAAACAGUAAUGACAAUGUAUCUUGCUUGUUAACAAUGGGGAAUUGUAGUCAGAAAGAAAAGUCUGAUAAGGCAAAAAGGUACCAGUUUUUACUCUUUGGUCAGCCAAUACUAACUGAGCAGCAGCUCUCUCGGAGCUGUUCAAGUGAAGCUGUCUCACAAGUUAUUAAUGGAAAGAGUUCAUUAGAUGGUAAUGGAGACAAAACAAAAGAUUCUGCUGAUGGUUCAGGAUCUUCUCUUGAGAAUCUUUUUUCUACAAAGAAGUCAUCUACUGCUGGAUUUUUGUGGAAGCAGGACUAUCGAACCACAGAACUUGGCCUGGAUACUGGUCAUUGCAAGGUAUUCUUGGAGUCAGAGGAUGUGGGACGAACUCUUGACCUGUCUGUUCUUGGUUCUUAUGAAGAGCUAUACAGGAGGUUGGCCAACAUGUUUGGAAUAGAAAGAUCAGAGAUUUUGGGCCAUGUUCUGUAUCGAGAUGCAACUGGUGCUGUCAAGCAUACUGGAGAUGAACCAUUCAGUGCUUUUAUGAAGACAACCAAAAGAUUGACAAUAAGGAUGGAUUCAGGCAAUGAUACGGUUGGAAGGUCAUGGCUCACGGGAAUGCGAACUGCUGAAAAUGGUCCCUUGAGCAUAUUUGCAUGAUUUGGAGCCGAUGUCAUAGAACUUGCAUGAUUGAUGCAUGAAAGGAUCUUUCAAGAAGUUGUAGAACAGUGUGAGGACUUUUUAGCUCCUCCUAGGGGGAUGUCUGCAUAGGUUUCUUGUCCAAGUAUUUGUGUUAGAAAAGAACAUUGAUGUCUUAUAAUUUGCUGAAUGUUUAUCAGUUUAUGUUGAUAUUUAUCAUGACUCCAUGCAUCCAUGCAAUUGCAAGUAAUUCUGUUUGCGCC